AUGCUUCAAAAACGACCCAAAGAAUAUGCCGCCUCGUCACAACACGAUCACAGUGUCUCCACGUUUUCUUCGUCUCUUGAACAAGAUCCAAAAAAACCAAAAUUCAACCUUUCAGACCUUUUCACCCAAAAAAUGGAUUUUGCUCCUACUCUACUGCAGCAACCUGCACAGCACACUUCACAUCACACUCCAGAAGUAAAACACGAUCACAUUGGUCAAUAUGAAAAUAUAUCAUCUCUUCAUGAGGAUCAUCAUAUUUACAAAAUUAAAAACUAUCUCGAACAAUGCAAUAUGAAGGUGAAAGAAAUUGGAAGCGGAUCUUUUGGAGUUGUUUGGAAAAUUACCAAUGGAUGCAAUCAAGAGAAAGCAUUGAAAGUUUCCAAACGAGUCACAAGCUUUAGAGAAGCCUUAUCAUGUCUUCAACUCGAUCAUGAAAAUAUCGUUCAAGUCGAUGAUGUACAUUUCAUUGAAGGUGUUCCAUGUAUUGAAAUGGAAUAUUGUCUUCAAUCGUUGAAUGUAUUUGCUACACACAAUACAACCAAUACUAAUCGGUUGAAUGAAGAAAUGAUUAUGAAAAUCAUUCAACAAUGUUGUUCAGCCAUUUAUUAUUUACAUAGAAAAAAAAUGGUUCAUUGUGAUAUCAAACCUGAAAAUAUUCUCAUUCGUAGAAUUGAUCUCGACAACGGUGAUAUUCAUGUAGUAUUGGCAGAUUUUGGAUUUGCCAAAUACAAUCGGUCCAUUCUUAAAAAAGAUCGAAUCGACGGUGGAACUCCUCAAUUUUAUGCUCCUGAACUUGUGCAACAUAAGAACUUGUGUCAGAAAACAGAAUAUCCAUUCACAACUGCCAGUGAUGUCUAUGCAUUGGGUAUUACCAUUCAACGUUUACUCACUGAAGAGAUGAAACAGUCUCCAUCUCCUUUCAUGACCAAAAUUUUGCAAGUCGUAGAGUGUAUGACUCAUCACGAUACAACCAUUCGAAUGAAUAUUCUAAAACGCAUUGCAGAGGUUGAAUGGGCAUUCAAAGAAGCUAAAAGAACGGCUGAAUCGUUGAAUAUACCUCCCUCUCAAGCCUAUGAAUUAUUUUUACAAGCUCUCUCCUACAAUGAUAUGGUUUUGUAUUUUUCACCCUUUCAACACAAAGCCUUUGUUGAGGAAUGUGUCAAGAGGAAUAGUAAUGCAUUGGAAUAUGCGCAUCCCAUGUUACGUGAUGAUCAAGAUGUGGUUGUGGAAGCCAUUAUACACAACCCAUUUUCAAUUCGAUUUGCCUCUGAGAGACUUCAACAAGAAUUGAGAAAUCAAGUCAGCAUGGAAUUUCAUCGUUUCUUUAGAGACCAGCCCAAGGACGUUUUGAAUCACAUAUUUAUGCAAAAUGUGAAAAGUAGAGAGGAAUUAUUAUUUUACACUAAUUUUCAUCCAAAUAUACUUGAGCAUGUGCAUGAUGAGAAUUUGAGAAAUGAUCGUGAAAUUAUUUUAAAGGCCACAGAAAGAGAUUCUUCCGUUCUAAAAUAUGUGACAAAUCCAGAAUUGUUUCGAGACCAUGAAAUUGCAUUGAAAAUUAUUAGACUUGAUCCCUCUCCAGCAAGUAAUCGCAUUGAUCCAUCAUUGUAUGAAGAUUUAGAUUUUGUAAAGAAGGCAAUUACACAACAAUUUCGAGUGUUCCAAUAUAUUGCACCAAGUUUGAAACGCAAUAAGGAAUUAGUUUUGGAAGCUAUUCGUCUCCAUGGUAGUAAUGUAUUCGAAUGGAUACCAUCAUCAUUGAUUGAAAAUGAUCGAGAGGUGGUAUUAGAGGCUGUUAAGAAAGGCAAAGAGUGCCCAGAACACUUUUACCAUGAUGAAGAAAUAUUGAAAGAGGCCAUUAUUCGAGACUGUGUUCCUCAUGCCAUACUUGCCAAGGCAGAUGAUCAUUUUGCACAAGAAUCGGUAAAAUUGAAUGGAAUGCUCUUGAAACAUCUAUGUCGAUUUCAAGAUGUUGGAGAUAUAGUUUUACAAGCUGUCACCAAUAAUGGAAGAGCUCUCGAAUUUGCAUCUCCAACAUUAAGGGAUGAUGCAACAAUUGUGCUGGCUGCAGUAUCCAAUAAUGGACUUGCUUUAAAAUUUGCGUCGGAUCGUUUGAGAAAUGAUUUUGACAUUGUCAAAACAGCCAUCUUGAAAAAUGGAUUUGCUUUAGAAUAUGCUUCAGAAGAAUUGCAAAACAAUCGGCAACUCGUUCAUUUGGAUUUACCUACACUUGCAUUUGCAUAUUGUUUUGCCUCAGAAGAAAUUCGCAGCAGUUUUGACAUUACAAUGAAAGCCAUUGAAGUGGAAGGAAAUUUUAUUCGCUCAGACGACAUUCCGUUGCAGUUGUUGAAAGAUGAAAGAAUUAUUUUAACUUUAUUGAAAUACUCGAAUGGUUUCUUGAGAGAUAUUCCGAACAAACAACUGCUUGGAGACAGGUCAUUCAUGGAGAAGGCCAUUCAGGUGAAUCCAUAUGCAUUUGUGGCAUCACCACACUCGAUUAAUAGCGACAAAGAAUUGAUGACCCUUGCUUUGUUAAAAAAUCCAGAAGUUUUCAAAUACCUUGCAUAUGAAUUGAAAUUAGAUCCUGACAUCUUAAAACUGGUUCAGCCUGAUUUUAUUCAAUCCAGAAAGGAGAACCAGAUGGAACAUGUUUAA